CGUUUACAUUGUUAUGAUCCACAGACGCGCUGAAAAGUGAAACUUCAUGGAAUAAAGAUGGGUUAGUAAACACCGAAUUGUCCCGACAACCGCGACCGUGUUUCAACGUACUACAGGACAUGUCGGUUAUCGAAUCGCUGCUGAAUCUUCCUCUUCACCAAGCUUCAGACAAUAUCUGUCGGUUUUGCCGGAAAACGUUCUGUUGCACGAAAUGCCGUGACCGCCAUGUGAACAAGGUGCAUUCGGAUCUGAGCGCGAACUGUUUCCUGUGCGCCUCGAAGACGCUACCGAUGAGACAGUUCGAAUUUGAGGAGUUGCUGUGGGAAAAUAAGAGACUAUUGUCCCACAUAACGGACCAACAUCUGCCGUUACAUUGUGUUCUGUGCGAAAAUCUAUUCGAAACCGGCGAGGAUCUCAAAUCUAUCGGCACAUGCAAGUGGUAUUCCGAACAUCAGCAGCUACUGAUAAACGAGAGGUUGCUGAGAACACCCGCGCCGACGAGUUUCGAGGCGAAGCUGAAGCGCACCGUGAAGAACAUCAAACACAACAGCCACGCGUUCUUCACGCCGCCCGAGAUUUACCGGAAUACCAGCACGCCGAUGUUCCUCGGCCAGAAGAACGGCUUCGAGUACCAGACGCCGUGCGCACCGAACUUCAGCCUGAAGACACCCAAGACCAACUCGCCGAUAACGCAGAGUAACACGACCUCGAAGAUUCAGAAGUCGCACGACAGCGACAGCGACAUCAAGUUCUUCAGCUUCUCGCCGAACGGCAUAGAGAACGAGAGGACGACGCCUUUUAGGAACAACGCUGACGAGCAGUACCCCAGAAGUAAUUCCGGCAGGAAACUGGAUAUCGAGAGGCUGAUCGAGGCUGUGUACGACGAAGCCGAGGAGGUAGCUUUAUACGACGAUUACAUAACAUUUCCCGUAGACAUGGAUCUGACGAACGUCGAGAACAACAUUCCUCAGGAACAUACUCCGAAGUUGAACACAGUCGACAGUCACGAGGAAUCUGGCAGAGCAUCGGACAUGGUGAAGAAGGUGAGAUUUUCUGAUCAGUACGACACUCUGCCGGAAUUUGGGAGCCAAGUAGGAUUCAACGUGAAGAACAUGACAGAAGAGGACGAGGACGUUUUUCACGACGCUCAUGACGCAUCGGGCAUAAAAGAUGCGAAAAGUACGAAGGACACGCAAGAUACAGGCAACACGAAGGACGUGAACGACACGAUCGACUCAAAGAAUACGAAAGAUAUACAAAGAUAUACGAAGGAGGACACGAAGGAGAAGAAUGUGAAAGUAACAGAUACGAAGGAGAAGAAGAAGAAGAAUGAGAACGUGGAGGAUACAAAGGAUGCAAAAGGCGACCAAGUCGAUGAUCGAGAGAAUUGCUUAGCAAACCUGUCGAUUGACUCCUCAGGCAACACACAAGUCAAUAUUUCUCAGGAAAACAAACAAAACGCGAAGAAGGAGAAUCGAGCUGUCGAGGCGUUGUCCAACGGCGUAUCGGUUAUAACGCAGAAAGGUACAUCUAGGGUGCUGAUGAUGGUGCUGGUGGAGAACAACUCGGGUUCUCUCAACAGCGACUUGAUGCCUUUGAUCAGUUCUGGUCUUAAGAAGUUGGAGGAGCAGAUUGUGUCAUCGUCUUCGGAUACGUCAGAAUUUCCGAGCGUCACUAACACGACUGGCUACACCAGGAAGUCCACCACGAAAGUGGAGAUGAGUAUUUCAAGUGUUGAGAGUUAUUCUAACAUUAACAACAACGCGGAGGCAAAUGGACAACAAGUGGUGCCAACUUUUCCCUCAUCGUCCGUAGAAACCAGUUCAAGAAGUGGCAAUGGCGGAAUCCUGUCAGCCGUUACGCAAGCUGUGAAAUUAGCCUUCAAAAAUUUAUCUGGUAUGACUUCCAGCAGGAUCGAAAGUUCUCAAGUGGUUCAACAACGACGAGCUGUCGAGAAUGUUAUGUCCUUACCAGAUGCAGACGCCGCGUGUAAUCUCGAUAAUAAUCUCGAGCUUCGUUAUGGCAAACGGGCUCGCGACGUUAAUGAAGCAUCUUCGUGGAUGGAUCCGGUCCCUCUUCCGUUAGACAUCAGAAGUCCCUUGCCAAAACGCAAAAGGGGAUGGUACAAGAUCAAAGGACGUCGACCGAUCCACAGCGUAUGUAACAGCGCUAGACAAGUAACGUCACCCAGAGGAGUUUCUUCGGAAACUCAAAUCUUCAGUCAAGGAUCAUUGACAGUAGGUGACACGGUUCUGCCGCUUCCUGCAAGGGCUAAUCCAGAGACGUCACUCACACCAACCGAGUAACAAUUUCUUUCUUCUUUGUUGAUUUAUAAAAAACUAAAAGUAGCGAUCAUUGUG